AUGUUUUUGGUUUCAGAAUUCUUGCUUCACUUUUCUCAGAAUCUUUCUUCGGAGUUCCAUCCCAGGACACCACAAACAUUGCUUCUUAUUGUUAUUUUCAUGUCUCAAACACCAAUUUUCGAAAUACGUUGA